AACCUGAACCUAUUAAACUCUGCAUUAAGCUGUUCAGUCACCAUGUGCAGCUGUGCUAAAUGGGGCAAUCUAUUUCAGCAGCUUGGCAAGUUGGAACCGGACAGAUUUAUGUGUUAGUUCUAACACGUAUGCCAAGACUAUCUUUGCUUUGGAAUUUCCUCUUUCCUGUAGAACAUGUGCUAUCCUUUUGAAUAUAUUCACUUAUCUUGACCGGGAGUCCUGUUUGAAAUUUUCCUUGACGUGUCAACUAAUCCAUCCUGCUUUAGUCACUUCACUUUACUGGUAGUCGUUUGAUCAGUUGCUUGGAAAUUUGGAAUGGACUUUUGAAGUCAACUGGAGAAUUAUGGGUACCAGCCAAUCGAUCAGAACAAAUAUCAGUGUUGCCAUGCUCAACUAGCACUCUGAGAGAUGACGAUUUCAAUCUCUUCUUCCCGUCAACUAGCGCUUGUAGGCAUGAUCGGAGCACUUGCGUUUGAGCUGCUGGUGGCAGCAGGCCCAAUAGCCUUGCCCGGCUGCCCGGAAAGCUGCGGCCGUAUUGCCGUGCCGUACCCUUUUGGCAUUGGCAAAGGCUGCUCCCACCCAGGCUUUAAUCUUACUUGCGACAAGACGCGGCAUCCACCAAAGCUGUUCCUGGGCAACGGCGUGGAAGUGCUCGGCAUCUCCUUGAUGGACGGCACAGUAUGGAUCCGCAGCAACGUUCUGCGAUCAGAUUUCCAAGAGUUCAACGGCUCAUGGCCUGGCCCUGCUACGGUCGUCCCCAGGCCAUUCACGGUGUUGAGCCGGCGGAACUGGUUCGUGGCAUAUGGCUGCAACAUCAUAGCGCGGCUCAUGCCCCCGGGGGUGCUCGGUCUUGUGGAAAGCGACGCCUACACCAGCACCUGCGCCGCCAUGUGUGUGGGCGGACAGCAGAAUUUCACCGGCUCAUCAUGCUCCGGCAUCGCGCGCUGCCGGACAUACAUCGCGUGGGAGCUGCUGACUCAUCCAUACGCCAUCCAGGUUACGCAGCUCUCUGUGCUGGGCGGCGGUUCCUUGCCAUACACAGGUGUGUAUGUGUUUGUUGUUGAUAAGGACUGGUUCAGCAGAAACGAAGACGAGAUGCUGCUCAACUUCACAAAAUCCUAUCAGCGCACUAUCACUGAGAGUGUACCUGCUGUGUUGGAGUGGUGGUUAGAUUUGAUCAGCGACGAGGACAUGUUGCCCUUGUCUGUCGGGCCCAGGUCUUCUUAUUUUAGAUGCUCAAGCUUAAACAGUGUUAGCUAUUACGCUGAUCUAAAUUAUGAGAAAAGACGGUGCAAUUGUUCCCUAGGAUAUGAGGGCAAUCCUUAUAUCACUGAUGGAUGCCAAGAUAUCAACGAGUGCCAACAGCCAGAUGUUUAUCCAUGUGUUCAUGGAAACUGCAUCAAUAUGCCAGGGACAUACCAAUGUGCAACAAAGAAAAGUAUCAGCAGGCUCCCAGGUUUAAUUACUGUCAUUGCAAUUAGUGCUGGUUCCGGCGUACUGUUUUCACUUCUGGGCAUCGCCAAAGUCACCAAUAAACUCAAGCAACAAAGAGCCAAGAAGUUGAGACAGAAGUUCUUCAAGAAAAACCAUGGACUGCUUCUGCAACAAUUAAUCUCUUCAAACGAAGAUAUAGCCCAAAGAACAAAGAUUUUCAGCUUGGCAGAGCUAGAGCAAGCAACCAACAAAUUUGACAAUAGUCGCAUCCUUGGCGGCGGUGGCCAUGGCACAGUGUAUAAAGGCAUCUUAUCUGAUCAACGUGUUGUGGCCAUCAAGAAGGCUAAAAUUGUUGUGCAGAGGGAAACCGACCAGUUCAUAAAUGAGGUUGUGAUACUUUCACAGACAAACCAUAGGAAUGUGGUGAAGCUCUUUGGGUGCUGCCUCGAGAUGGAAGUUCCUCUACUAGUUUAUGAGUUCAUAUCAAAUGGAACUCUCUCGUUUCAUCUCCAUGGCCAAAGUGAGGACCCUUUGUCAUGGAAAGAUAGGUUGAGGAUAGCACUAGAGACUGCAAGGGCCAUUGCAUAUCUACACUCUGCUGCUUCCAUAUCAGUAUACCAUAGAGAUAUCAAAUGUGCAAAUAUACUACUUACUGAUACUUUAACAGCAAAAGUAUCAGAUUUUGGAGCUUCAAGGUCAAUUGCAAUAGAUGAGACAGGAGUACUUACAGCCGUCCAAGGAACAUAUGGUUACCUUGAUCCCGAAUAUUACUACACUAGUCGACUCACAGAGAAGAGCGAUGUUUAUAGCUUUGGAGUCAUCCUUGCAGAGCUACUGACAAGGGUAACCCCAGUUUUUUCUUCUCAUUCGUCAGAAGGCACAAGCCUAGCAUCCCAUUUUGUGUCCCUAUUAAGGGACAGUCGUUUGUUAGAUAUUCUAGAUGCACAAAUUGUUGAGGAGGGAGGGGCUGAAGAUGCUACCGUGGUUGCAAGGAUAGCAGAAGCAUGCUUAAGUUUAAAAGGUGAAGAAAGGCCUACAAUGAGGCAAGUGGAGACAGCACUUGAAGAUGUGCAGAGCUCAAAGGUUCAUCACAAUUCUCGGACAACAAGAGUGAGCCAGAAUGCUGUAAAAGGUCAUUCUUGCAAGGGAGGCAAAGGCGACGAAGGAACUAGAUUGUACAGCUUGGAGAAAGAGUUCAUCCAAUCAUCUGAAAUUCCAAGAUGAUUUUAUUUCCAUGCUAAAGUGUUGCCGUUACUGUUAUUAGUUUGGGUUCCAUGGAGCAAAUGAAAUGUCAAUUCUGAACUCCGAAUAAUAACCGUGUGCGCAUUUCCUGUUCUAAUUGGUCAUGUAGAACCAUGUAUGUGGAAGUAAAUUAAUAAAUGAUUUCAGGUACAAUUUCUA